UUCAAAAUGUUUUAAUAAACUUAUUCCAAAAAAAUUUAAUUUAUUUAGGAAUAAAUCUCAAUGACUGUAAUAAAAUGCAUGCACGCUUAUUUUUAAAGCAUAAAAAUAUUUUAAUUUUUCAAAAAGGAAAUAUUUUACAUUUUAGCGAUUGUUUUUCAAAAUGCUGGAAGUGUAAUUAUCCUCAUAAAUCUAAUUUUUUUUGUUCUAAAUGUAAUGCUUUGCAGAAGCUUCCAAAAGAUUUAAAUUAUUUUGAUAUUAUUGGAGUUUCAAAAGAUUUUGAUGUUCCUGUUACAGACAUUCAAAAAAAAUAUAGACAACUUCAAAGUCUUUUGCAUCCUGACAAAUUUGGACAAAAAUCUGAGGUAGAAAAAGAAAUUUCAAGAAAUGUUUCCUCCUUAGUUAAUAAAGCUUACACUACUUUACUUCAUCCAUUAGAUAGAGGCUUGUAUAUGCUUAAAUUGUAUAAUAUUUGCAUACCAGAAGAAAAAACAAGCUUGGACCAUGAAUUUUUAAUGAAAAUUAUGGAAAAAAAUGAAGAAAUUGAAAAGUAUUCUGAAAAUGUAGAAAAAAUACUAGAAUUUACAAAAGAAAAUCGAAUAACAUUAGUUAGAUUAACAAAGCAAAUAUCACAAGCAUUUCACAAUAAAGAUAUUGAUCAAGCUACAAAACUUUUAAUAAAAAUGAAAUAUUACGUUAAUGUAGAUAAUAAAUUAAAAAAUUUUAGACAAAUUUUGGGGGUUAUUGAAUAA